AUGACAGGCUUUGGUAACACCGAAGCGAGCAUCAGUGAUGCAUCACCACUUGGUGAACUUAACCAAUCUGCAUUCUACUCCGAGACACAGGCCCAACCUGAUGCAUCGUUCAAACAGGCCCAGCCUGAUGCAUCGAUCAAACAUGCAUGGCACAACAUUGCCACCAUACCUCCCAAUCCAAUUAGCGUGCUGCAACCCAGUGUGCCUGGUACAAUUGAGGCGCUCGAGUCGUCUUUUUCCCAUGCUGAUCUUAUGGCAAUGGGUUAUUUUUGUAGCGAUAACACCACGCAGAACUCAUUUCCCCCCACAUUCGGCUCAUCAGCGCCCUCAUUCACUGACACCGGCAGCACUAUUGGGGGAUGCUAUGACAUGCGGUAUGACACAUCCAUGUGGAAUCUCGCCAAUUCUGAUUCACAGGGGUGGGAGAUGCAAAGCCUGUCCUCCUUCUUGAGCUCUCUGAUCUCUGCUGAGCGCAGCACCACCAUGACUGAGCAGGAUGAGGCCCUUCCUCAGUUCACUUGUCAGUUGUCCAUUCUUCCAGCAGCAAAUCCUCCUUCUCCAAAUGAGCGCACACAGGAUCUUGCUGAUGCUCAUGCUGGUGCUGGUCUUGCUAAGGCUAAGCGCAAAUUUAAGUUGAAGCCCCCAGCUGCCAAAGCCAAACACAAUCCCGCCAUGGGGUCCACCCCCACCAUUGCACCCACAAGCACUGUCAAACCCAAGGCCAAACCGAAAGCAAGACCUGUUGCCAAGUCUGGUGUGAUAACAGAGCCAUCACACACUGCUGCGGAUGAAGGCAAUACCUUGGUUCACUUGACUGCCCUCAAUACUACCACCACAAAACAGAAUCCUGUAGCUCAAUGUGCAUCAAAAUGA